UCAGUCAGUUAGUUUGCCGCAGCGAGGCGAGUCACACGUACGCAGGUACGUGUCGUGCUUGUGGAGUCCAUUAAGCUGUCGAGGAGCAUCAUCCUCAGGGAAAGGAUACAUAACCAUAUUCAAGUAUCCUAUUAUCAGGCACCGUGAAAUCCCUAGUCCCGUGCAUAAAAUCGCAAUACCACGGGCCCCUUAUAACAGCUGUAAAAUGUGCUGGGCCGCAGCAGCCCUGUUCUCCUGUGUGAUCCUUUUGAUCUCGGGCCUUACCAGUGCCAGGCAUCAUCGUCCUGGAAAUGGACAUAAGCCCACCGGUGACAUCUCUCUCUGGAUAGAUCAGCAACAGGUCAAAAUGUUCAGCGGUCUGGAAAUGGAAAUCUAUGCGAUCACGGAAGGUAUAGUGCUCUCGUAUCUUUUAGAUCCGGAAUUUGAGAGUAAACUGCCCAUGAUACCGAGCGAAGUAUCCUAUGUGAAUUUCACAUGGAAAUCUGGAGUGAAAAAAUAUUAUUAUGACUUUUAUCGAUUAAAGUCUCUUGACGAGUCGAUAUUGAAGACACCUUCGAUUACGAUUAAAAAACGUGGUCGAGUGCCAAAAAGGCCAAAAGAAUUCAGUGUUCUCUUGCCUUGUUCCGGGAAUAAUUCCGGAAUAGCUCAGUUUGGGAUCUCUUUAUUAAUCGAGGCUGCUAAGGGAAAGACCCAUAAACCCUUGAAUGGGACACCGCUGAGUCUCAGCCUGAGGAAAGAAUGCGCCGUGCGCGGUGAGUCCGUCAGUCGCGCCCAACAUCAUCAAUUCUCCACUCACACAUACAAACCUAAUCCAGGACCGUGUCCAGAUGGUUAUCUAGGUCCACCACAUUGUAAAAAAGCAUUAUGCUACCCGAAUUGUAUGAAUGGCGGAAAUUGCACGGCACCCGGGGUGUGUUCGUGCCCACCAGGAUUUCAAGGGCCUUAUUGCGAAGGAGGUAUUUGUUCAGAGAAGUGUAAGAAUGGUGGAAAGUGUAUACAGAAAGAUACCUGUGAAUGUCCCAAGGGUUACUUUGGAUUACAUUGUGAAUUUUCUAAAUGUGUCAUUCCUUGUCUCAAUGGGGGUAAAUGUAAAGGAAAUAAUGUGUGUCGAUGUCUCAUUGGUUUUAAGGGAGACCAUUGUGAAAUUGGACGACGGUCGCCUCAACGUUCGGCUUGUACACGAGCAUGUCGAAAUGGGACUUGCCAGCCAGACAAUACUUGUCUUUGCGAUGCUGGUUGGUUUGGAAAAUUAUGCAAUAAAAAUAAACCAUGGGCUUGAGUGCAUAAGUAGAUAUUCCUUACAGUGGUAUCAUUUUUAACCGAUUGGAUUAAGAAAAUUCAUAAUUUCAUUAUCAAAAGUCAUUCACAUGUUUAUUCUCUAUACACUAGGCUUUAAAGCCGUACAAUGAUAAGUAGUCGUAAAAAAGAAUGAUACAAAACAAGAGCAUACAUUUCGGUGCUGGUCCAAUGGGUAAAAUUUAAAAAAAAAGAUAUAUUUAAAGAUAAUUUGAAAUCCAAUUGGUUAAUACCACAGAAUAUGAACUUGUUAUGUUCAUAAUUUACCCCACCCCAGAUGUGAUAUGUAAAGCUACUUUACACCAUUUUAUAAUAUUAAUUAUAAAUAAUAUUCUUUUAUUUUAUAAGAAUUACUAUAACGACUGUAUAAAAUGAAUAUAAAUGUGUUCACUUCUUCAAAAA